AUGGAGAGCGGGGUUUCGGAGGACGCAAUGAAUGGGCACAUUCAGCUCAUGCUUCCUGGAAGGACUGCUUGCUUCCAGUGCAUUCCACCCGUCGCCGUUUCUUCAGGGAUGGAUGAAAGUCAAAUAAGAAGAAACGGUGCUUGCACAGCUUCGCUUCCUACCACAAUGGGCAUCAUUGCUGGCUUGCUAGCCCAGAAUACUCUAAAGUAUUUACUAGGUUUUGGUCAGGUAUCGUAUUACCUCGGCUUUAACUCGCUCACAAACCAUUUCCCCACAGGGUUGCUUCUGCCUUGCAAAGAUUGUGAGAAUCCUGAUUGUCUCUUGUUGCAAAAGCAAUAUGCAGGGAAGUGGAAGCCACAGGUAUGGGAAAGGAAGGUGGUAGUUGAAGAAUCUACAGAGGAAGCGGAGUGGGGUAUAACAUAUCUUUAUAAAAAUGGUAUUGUUCCGUAA